CGACGAAGUUGCCAUUUCCCCGAUCGUCAUGAAGUUUCCCGUUCGUCCUGCUGCGUCGUCUACGCUCCGCCGCGCGCUGUCUACCACGGCGGCGGAUGAGACCGUGAAGCAUCCCAGCUGGUUCCUCAAGCUUGUGAACAACAACGACUACGACGUCCCUCGUUUGCCGGUGCCACAACUGAACGACACACUGGAGAAGUACCUCAAGUCUGUCCAGCCGCUCAUUACGCCGGACGAGUACAAGGAGCACAAGAAACUCGUCGAGGACUUUGGCUUGGGCCAAAACCGAAGUGUGGGCCGGACGUUGCAAGACGACCUGAUCAAGCAGGAGUUUGUGAACGCCAUGGGGCGCGCGUACCCGUUCAGCUACAUCGAAGCGUGGUGGGAUGCCAUGUAUCUGGGCGGGCGGUACCCGAAUCCCAUCAACGUCAACCCAGGGUACGGCUUGGUGAACGAACCCGCGGGCAGCGUUUUGGCAGACCCGCUCACGCGCACGUCGACGAUCGUCGUGUCGGUUCUCAAGUGGUUUGACAAGGUCAAGUCGGGCACAUUAGAGCAAGACCCGAAGCAGUGCAUGGCGGCGUACGCCAAGCAACUGGGCACGGCCAAGAUUCCUCAGCCGUCGAUGGACGUGCUCAAGUUUCACCCGCGAUCGGAACACAUUGUGGUGCUGCACCGCAACGCGUUCUACAAGGUGCAAGUGUUGGACGGCAAGAAAAUCGUGUCCCAGGAGUCUCUGCAAGCGUCUCUAAGCCACAUUUCCACCCACGGCGUGUCCGCUUCCACCGCCCCCAACCUCGCCGUGCUCACAUCUGAAGACCGCGAUGUGUGGGCGGCCGUUCGCUCCGACCUACGCCAAGAGCCCGUUAACCAAGCCUCCCUCGACACUAUCGACUCGGCGCUGUUCGUGCUCGUGCUGGAUGACACGACGUACACGGACGACUCGGCGCUGUCCGCCGCGACCCUCCACGGCGACCGCGGCGCCAACCGAUGGUUCGACAAGCUGCAGCUGAUCGCCUACCCCGACGGCCACGUGGCCGUGAACUUUGAGCACACGUUUUCCGAUGGCACCAACUGGAACCGUUGGCUGCAUGAAGUGUGGCACGACGUCCACCAGACAGACUCUGGGUACGCGCCGCUCGUAGCUGCUAAAGGGUCUUUUGACACGCCGCCAUUAUCCUUUACGUCGCCGCUCGCGUUCUCGCUCGACGCGGCCGCGCACAAAGCGAUUGAAGCCGCCGAGGCCCGCGCCGCGGCCGACACGGCCAACAACGAAACGCACUUGUUGCGGUACAAGGGCUUUGGCAAGAACACGAUCAAGACGUGGGGGCUGAGCCCGGACGGAGUGGUGCAAAUGGCGCUGCAGCUGGCGUUCUUCAACCAACACCACCGCCUCCCCCCGACCUACGAGUCGUGCUCGACGCGCGGUUUCUUCCACGGCCGCACUGAAACCAUCCGGUCGGCGACGUCGGAGGCGCUGCGGUUCGUGUCGGCCGUCUCGUCCGGCGCGUCGGUGGCGUCCCAGCGUGAGUUUCUCGUCAAAGCCGUGGACCGGCACGUGGCCAACGCCAAGGAGGCGCAAAAGGGGCUCGGCGUGGACCGCCAUCUGACGAUGCUCAACCACGUCGCUGGUACGUCGGGCGUGUCACAUGACUUUUUAACGUCGACUAUCCGCCGCAACGCGACCAACUUUCAAAUCUCGUCGAGCAACGUGACGAUGCCAUUCCUCGACUACUUUUGCUUUGGCGCGGUGGCGCCCACGGGCUACGGCGUCGGCUACCUCAUCCAGAACGACCACCUGCCCAUCAAUAUCACGAGCUUUGUCGAUUGCCCCACCACGUCCAGCCCCAAGUUUGCCCAAGCACUCACGGAAGCGUUGGACACGGUGCACGCCAUCGCCCAAUCACCCAAGUAGAUGGAGGAAUCAUCGUCUCCUUUUGACAACCUCUGUGAAAGCAAUAAUAGUACAUGGUCACGUGUGUGUGUUUGUGUGGAUGAUAUCAAAUCCGCCGAGAAAUAAAUAAAAAUUAGGUGAAGUACACCGACUUGCA